UAUGAGUGCAAGAACUCCUAUUCCAACAUUCAUUCUGAAAACUUAUUAAAUGCUUGAAGUAAACUCUAUUUAAUAGUUUUAAGGAACAAAAACAUGCUAAUAUUGUCAGUUGGACUGCUUAGGGCACAGCCUUUAUUGUAUAUAAUCAAUAGUAAAUGGAGAAAGAGGUUUUAUAAAAUUUCUUUAAACACAGCAAUUAUUCAAGUUUUGUCAGGUACUGUCUUGAAUUAAUAGUAUUUUAGACAGUUAAACUUAUAUAAUUUCAAGAAAGUUCGAUCAAAUGACGGAUAAAUUUUUAAACACAAAUGCUUUAGAAAAGGAAUGAAGUAUUUUCUUUUUUCUUAACUUUAUAAGAUCGAUGUUAUAAUUUAUUAAGAGGAGAAAUCAAGAAGAUCUUGUUACUCCUGCUAUAUAGGAAGAACCAAGUAUUUAAUUUUUCGUUAUUUGAUAGCAAUUUAAAUUAAGGAAGAAUAGAACUUAUUUAAAGAAUGUGCCAUUGAUAUAAAAGAGACAAAUAAUAAGUUAAAAGAAGAUAUGAAAUUAUUAUAAGAAACAUCUUCUUAUCUUAUUGAUUAGAUGUAGAACUUAAAUCAUGUAAAGAAUUAUGAAUAUUAUCAGUUUGUCUACAAUUAAAGUGUUGACAUAGAAGUCAAAUUUAAAUAAGUAGGUUAAAUGCUGCAUGCCAUAAAUGAGGAAUUAAGAUAAGAAAGUAUCAUUAUUUCAAAUAUUUAGAUAAAAGCGAAACACAAACUAACAAGUUUUUAGGGGAAUACAAAUAAAUAAAGGAGGAGGAAUUCUAGGAAUCUAAAAUUGGAUCUCCUAACCCAUAUGUGGAUUAUAAUAGUACAGCACUUAAUCCAUUGGAUUAUGAGUGUUUUAUAGACUCCUUUUUAUGAUC